UAUGUCCCAGCGUCCACUCCAGAAGGCGAAAACUCUAGUGUUUUCUUGUGCCUUGCAUGGGUUUAUGUAUUCCACAUCAUUCAUCUUUUUGUAUUCCUAGUAUUCAACUUUAGUCCUUCUUUUCAUGACUUCCUGAACCUUAGAGACAAACUGAGAAGAGACCACUUCAACAUCAGGUACGCAGAUUUCUUAGAGACUCUUUCUGGAAUCUGUGACAGGAGCAUCAGUGAGAAGGCGUUGUUCCUGAAGAAUAGCAUGCUCACAAGACCCCAGGAGACAGCCGUGAGCCGUAUGUGUGAUACUGCUGACCUCCAGGAGAGUUUUGAAAACUACCAGAAGCUCUUUGGUGUGGAUGAUGGGUCUCUUCAGCAGGUGGCCCAGAGGACAGGGACACUGCAGAUGGGCUGCAUGUCCAUGAAGUUCCAGGAGUUGCACACGAAGGACUGGAGGCUGAGACUCAUGAUGAGUUUUCCCGUGUGCAUGUUCCUCAAGUGUCUUGAAGUCUCGUGGUGGUACGGCUUGUGGAACUUUUUCACUCGUGGCUUAAGACUCUGGAGACAGCUCCUCAUCGUUGAAAUACUUGCGCAGAACGCCAAGACUGUUUGGAGGAGUGUCCUAAAGGAUAAUACCCAUCUUACUGAAGUCCUUUGAGGAGGGUCUAACUAAACCUCAAGUGAAAUUCAGGCAGCCUCAGGGUCUUCUUUUUGCUUAAGAACCUAGCUAUUUUCUAGAAAUGAAGAACAAUAGCAACAUGUUGUAAUAAGUCUUAAUAUCGUUAGAGGAGGUAAGAAAAUCGCUCAUCUUCCCACAGGCAACUCUAAUACCCCGUUCCUUGGAAGAGCAAGUGUCCACCAAGAUCAUCAGCCACACUUUCCUAGCUCAGCACUUAGCACUGAUGCUUCCAGUUUCAUUUUCCUGCACGUGUCCAUCAGAUGGUGUUCCUCCUAAACUAUUAAAGUUGUCUUCAUCAAAA